GAAAGGGAUUAUAAGGUUAAUGGAAUGGAUAAUAAGAUCUUUGUUUCUCCCUAUAAUCUCUUCCUCCCGACAUGAAAGGCACUAUACAAAGCAUGUUGAAGAUGAAGUCUAGACUUGCAACAGAAGAUGAGAAGCAACUGUAUCAACUUCUUGGAAACGUAAAGCUGCAUUUACUUUACAAAGCCAGUUACCAUGGAUUUGCUUCUGAUACGUUUCGUCACAAAUGUGAGAAUGAAGGACCUACUUUAACAAUUGGAUUCAAUCCAUCAGGUUGCAUAUUUGGAGGCUACACACAUGAGAGUUUUCCUAUGUAUGGAAGUUUAGUUGAUAACCAUGCUUUCCUUUUUCGAAUAAACAGUUCAAAGAAGAAACCUUUAAAAUUUCCUGUGACAAAGGAUGCUGAUGCUCUGUGUAAUUCACAAAAGGGCCCUAAUUUUGGAGCUAGCCUUAUCUUUCUGACCAAUCAGAAAAAAAAUCACAAUUAA